CACUAAGUUUACCUCAGACUUGAUUCCUGGCGCCGCGGCUCCGAAACGGAGGAAAGAAAAUGACGCCCAGCAGCGCGCGGCGUUAAGCGGAGACGGGCAGAGAGAGUGAGAGCGGUUUUAUUCUGUUUUGUAAUGUUUUAUUGUCAACAAAAGUGACGCCAUUUCGCGUCUUGACUCGAGACAGAAACUUUAAUGGUCCCGGGUUCGGGAGAGAAAAGUCCCGGAGGCUAAAGCAGGUUAGCCGCGGUUAGCUCUCGCGCUAGCGCCCUGUGCUGAGGCGCCCUGUGCUGAGGAGACCGUGCGGCUCGAAUAAAGCGGAAUAAACGCGGCGCUGAGGGGAUUCGGGAGCCGCCGCAGAGUCCGGGGUUUGUCUUUAUUCAGUAAAGGUGGGUGUGAGGAGUCUGCGUUUGGCCACCAAGGAGUUGUAGGAGAGACACGAGGCUGCAGGACUGGAACAGAAUGGGAACUGUUGUUGCUCUCGUUUUAUUAGAAGAGGAGAUUCUUCCCACGUUGUUGAGAUGAGCUCAUCGGAUCUGGCGUCUCUCUUCGUCUGCACUUCCAGCUUAAUUCCCAAACCACUCAUCACGGAAUUCUUGGAAUAUCGACAAGCGAGCUUGGCAUAAAUUACUGCAGAUCUGUUCAUCAUCAGGAAACGAGUAACUGGACAGUACAUGUAAAGUUUACCGACCUGUAAUAUAUACGUACACGCAUGCAUGCAUAUGAACUGGGAUUACGUGGAUCUCUAUAAUCUGGAAUGGGAGAAAUAUUUUAAUGACUGGAUUAAACUUCAGACGUGAAACGGAGUAAAGCCGGAAACUCGUUUAACUCUGAGACGUUUAUCAUUCAGCAGGAUGGCGGGAAAGGACUACAAUCAUCUCUUCAAACUGCUCAUCAUCGGAGACUCCAAUGUUGGGAAAAGCAGUUUACUACUGAGAUUUGCAGACAACUCCUUCUCUGGGAGCUACAUAACCACUAUAGGUGUGGACUUUAAAAUCCGGACGGUGGAGAUCGACGGGGAGAGAGUGAAACUCCAGAUCUGGGACACAGCGGGACAGGAGAGGUUCAGAACUAUCACCUCAACGUAUUACAGAAACACGCAUGGGGUCAUUAUCGUGUAUGAUGUUACGAAUCCCGAGUCGUUUGUGAACGUGAAGCGGUGGCUGAAUGAAAUCUCGCAGAACUGUGAUAACGUGUGUAAAAUAUUAGUUGGGAAUAAGAACGAUGAUCCGUCUAAGAAGCAGGUGGACACUCAGGACGCUCAGAGGUUUGGAGAGACUGUAGGAGUGCGAGUGUUCGAGACCAGCGCGAAAGAAAAUAUCAAUGUGGAAGAGAUGUUCAUGGCGUUUACCUACAUGGUGCUGCAGGCGAAGAAACGGAGUCAGAGUCGCGCGGAGAAAGAGCGGGAGAGAGAGAAGGACACAGUUCACAUCAACGCUCAGCGCGACCGUGACCGGAGGAAGAGAGGAAAAAAAUGCUGCUGAGAACCGAGAGACAGAAACGAACCGUGAGGAACUGCACCUGCGGCUCUGCAGCACCUUUCACAUUCUGUUUAUGCGUGACUUUGCACUGACGAGAGGAACUGGAAGCCACUAUAAAGUACCUGGAUGAUGGGUUUUUUUUUUUUUUUUACAAAUCUCAAUGUAAUUUUAUGACUAAAAGAGCGACGUACAGUCAGGUAUUACACUGUUAUUUCACAUCUAAUCAUUGUAAGAGCCAUUAACAGAGCUGACGUGAUUGUCAACGUGUGUCCAAUUAAAAAAAAAAGUAUUGAUGAGCCAAGUCAUGUGUCCAAAUUAAUCAUUAGCAAUAAAUUACUGUUUUAAAAAUGCA